ACUGCGUUGGGAAUGACGUCACGAGCAAAAACAAGGACCAGCACAACAUGGAUGUAGCUAAGAUAUCAACAAGCGAUGGUUGAAAAGCUAGCUCGCUUUUGCUUAAGCUGAACAGUCGUUACGCUUGGAAUCCGUUAAUAAAGGUGUAAAUAGAUCAUUAACACGUUAGGCUCGACUAUGGUUUAUAUAAUUCGUAGAGACGUACGGGUUGUUGACGGUUCGAUGCCGCUAACGUCAGUUAGCAUAACGUUACGAAUGCUACCCUAAAGCUAAAGAGUCCCAUACAUUAGCUGGCUUAACAUUUCGAAUUAACAAGGCAUUUCGUGAAUAGAUCGUUGGGCAACAUUAGUCCAGCUUUUUAACGUUUAUACUUUUAUGAAUAUCAAUGAAUUAAUGUGUUAGCUACUCAUUAUCUUAAACACCCACAACAACAAGUGGCUGUAUAGUUGGACAGACUGCUCAACGUCGAUGGUGUACACAGCCUUAGCAGCCUGUGAUAGCAUUUUACAAGACUAGCUAACGCUAUAUAUAAAGUCCUCCAGAGACACCGGCAGUCCAUCAUGUCGGACCUGGACACCCUCGUUGUGACUUUCCAGACCCAGCUCUUGGAUGUGAUGGAGACUGUGGUGAAGACCGCCGUGUACGAGGUCACCAGGUUGGUGGAGGAUGGCUUGUUGGAGGAGGUGCAGCGCAGGAACCGGGAGGUGGAGUCCCUGAGGAUGCAGCUGCACUGGGCCCAGAGGAAAUUAAGUGACCAAGGGGGGAAUGAAGGAGGGAAAACUGGGAGGUGUGUCCACUGUGCCAAGGAGGAUGUGGAACUGUCCAGCCACAGUGCAAAAGAACAGCAGGAUGACAUUUUGGGGGGCUGUGGUGUGAAAGAAGAGGGCGACUACGUGGAAAGGUGGACAAUAAGCCGGACGCAGGAUGUCACACCAGAGUCAACACAGGCAGCAGACAACGCUGCAUGCACUCUCAGCCUGGAGAGGAAGUCCCAGACAGCAGAAGACAAUGUGUUGCCAGCGGGGGUGGAUGGGAAGGAAGAAAGAGUGAAUAAGCCGUCUUGUUCUUUUGUCCAUUGCAGCGGUCCCCUUGAGGGUGAAGCAGGACCUGAAUCCCACAGUGCUGCUGAGAAGACUGAGGCCCAACUAAAACAGACUCAGGAGAACAGUGAAGAAGUAUUGAGGGGUGUUUUUAAGCAAGACCCACAGAUCUCUGCUGCAUAUGUCUUUCCUGAAGACCAGGAGGAAACGUACAUGGCUACAGAUCCAUCUUUAGAGGUGGACAGCUGUUGGCCCCUAACGCAGACGGAACACGAGCGGUCUAACUCUGUCACAUCAGCCGCUCACGUUCCGGCUAUCCCAGGGAGAGAUCAGAUUCCACCCUCGCCGUCCCCGAAGGCAAGACCGCCAAGCGGCGAUGCGUCGGGCGUGACCAUCAAGCGGGAGGUUAUCGUUGAUUCUGAUGGUUGUGUGGAAAGCGAGCCUCAAGAAGAGAAAACAACAACGUCUGGGAUUGCGUCUUUCUCAGGUUCAGUGAAACAGUGCAGAGUGAGUUCAGGAGCACUCAGGCAGAACCACGUUUCCCACAAAGCCACGGCGCACGAGGUUAUGAAGCUGCAUUCCAAAGUGGGCACAGAUGUCAGACUGCAAGCCGCCAUGCAGCACCUCCACAGGCCGAUGAAAAAGGACAGCAGCGCCGCGGCGCCGUCCGUAGCUCACUCUCAGGCUCUUACCUUAAAUCCCCUCCACAGAACGCCCUCCACCUCUAAAGCCGCUCCUCCUCCUCCUCACUCAGCCCAGCGAGGUCAGCCGGCCGAUAAGCAAGCCGCAGCGCAUAACCGAACCUGUGCCCCAUGGAUCAGCAUCAAGCCCCAUCCGUCUGCCAACUCCCACCCCAUCAACCCCUUACCCCAUUCCGACUCUCACCCUCACCCCAGCCCCAGGCACCUCCUGCGCUGUGGCCAGUGCGGGAAGUGCUUCCCCCACCCCAGCAACCUGAAGGCCCACUUGCAGACCCACACAGGCGAGAGGCCGUUCUGCUGCUCGCUGUGCGGCCGCAGCUUCACCAAGCUGAGCAACCUCAAGGCCCACCGGCGGGUCCACACCGGGGAGAGGCCGUACUGCUGCUCGGCGUGCGGCAAACGCUUCACCCAGAAAUGUAACCUGAAGCGCCACCAGCGGAUCCAUCUGGAUGUAUGACGAUGGACAGCCCGGGAUCAAAAGGCAACGUGUUUGUGUUUUAGGCUAUAUUUACACUGCUACGUUUCAGUUUUUAAAAGCAAUCUCUGUGCAAACACGUGUUUUUAACUCCAGUAAAAGAACACAUCUCCAGUUAAACUAACCCAAACUGUAGUGCUGCACGAUUAUGGCCAUAACGAUAAUCAGGAUUAUUUUGAUCAAUACUGAGUUUGCGAUUAAUUAUCAUAAUUAUUUGUUGAUUUUAACCAAAACAAAUUUUAGAGUCACAUAGACUAUUUAUAACUGCUUUCACGUCCAUAUUAUGCUACAUUCCUCUCAUGCUGAAGUUGUAUGUUGUACAUACAAAAAGCUGGAACACAUGUAACACAUGUAAAUGAAAAUUAUCUGAAAUAAAUAGCCUAGGAUAUAUUUAAAAAAUAAUUUUUUUAUUUUUAGUAUCAAUUCAUAACAAGAGUUAUCUGGAGACACUUUACAGAUAGAGCCGGUCUAGACCACACUCCAGAAUUUACAAGGACCCAACAGGUCUAGUAGUUUCCUAGACGGGACAAAAUGUUGCGUUUACUGGUAAACUGGUAAACCUUGAGACCGACGUAUGACCGACUGCUGCGCGGUGCGGGGAACAACUCUGAGUGGCGCAUGAUCACACAGUGGUUUACGGAGCCGUAGUUUGGCUUUGCUAAAAAACUCGAAGCGCUCUGUGAACGGAACGAUGCAUUUAAAAUAUCGCUCCAUUACGCUAAUAUGAUUGUGGGAAGCCAAAGUCGUGGUUGUGAUUAAAAUUCAAUUAAUUGUGCAGCCCUACAAAACAGCAUACAGUAUCUCAUGUGAAUGAUCGUAUUCUGGGCAUGCGCGCGUCGGGGUACACAGGAGGCAGCAUGUAGUCUCUGCCUGUUGCUGGUGGUUGCCAGAAGCUCAGAAGCGCCAGAGCAGUGUGAAUACGAGGUGUAAAGGUAGCAAAAGAUGUUAGUUUUUCAACCAAACCGUAGCAAUGUCAAUGUAGCCUUAGAUGAAGAUGCUACAGCGUUUCCUAAAAAUGCUCCUUGUGUUCUCGUCUCUUGAAGUGAUCGUCCCAGGUCCCUGUGUGCAUUCCUCAACGGUCCGUCUAGGGACGAAACGCAGCGUGUUGUGAGUCAUGCACAGAGACAGGUCAUUUGUCACUCUGUUAAUAAUUAUUUAUUCUGUGAAUACAAAACACACGCUUCCAUGAUAUCAGUUACACCACUCGCUGCCUGGAACACAUUCAUGGCAAGGCCUGUAUUUGUCAACCUGCUGAAAAGAACAUGUACGUACGAGUCCUUCACUUUUGCUCAAACUCACAAACUUAAAUGGAAGUUAGUCACCCAGUUAAUGGCGGAUGUAAUCGUUCCAGAGGGCUGUAAACUGGGUGAAAGUAGAUCCAAGAUGGCUGCUGUAGAGAACACACAAUAUACAGUAUGCAGCAAGACUUCUGAUGAAUAAUGAGUUCAGAUUGGUGUCGUUUUAGCCUAAUGUUUGUAUUUAAUUUAAGUAUUUUAUAAGUUGUUAAACUGCUUUUCAUUUUGUAUUAAUUUGGUUGGCUAUUAUUGUUAUGAUUUUAUCCCUAUCUAUGUAUUUAUAUGUUAGAAAUAAAUUUGACUUGUUG